AUGGCAAUUUCGCCCAAAAUAAAAGCCCUUGUUGAUUUAGCAACUGUUAUUGCAAUAUUACUUAAUUUUUUUGUUUACUUUUAUCCAGAUAUCGUCAACCCUACAGAGAAAUGCAACUGGCAUAAUGCUCCUGAAUUAAAAUCGAAAUACACAUUUUUGAAUAACAAUUUGCCGACCGAUUGGGUGAAUAUAUUGCUCUUGAAUUUCCCCAACCUCAAGGAAGACAAAGAUAUCCAGAGAGAACUUGAGAGCAAUGAUAUUCAUAUGCUAUUAUUUGGAGAUCCUCAAAUUAAUGGGAACUGGCCGCUGACGAAAUAUAUCAAGAGAUUGGAUAAUUAUGGCAAUGACUAUUAUUUAGGACACAUAUACAACACCAUGAAAAGAAGAUUGAACCCAUCACAUGUCACUGUUAUGGGAGACUUAUUUUCGAGUCAAUGGAUUUUAGAUUCGGAGUUUUACAAUCGUACCUACCGAUAUGUUGAGAGAUUAUUUCCUCAACCAUUGGAAUAUAAGCAAAACGCGCUUGAGGUACAUGCAAGACAUGAAAAUUAUAACUGGCAACAAUGGUUAGAAGAUGAAAAGGCGAUGGAUCCUGUUCACCGAUUCCAAUCUCGUGUAUAUAACGAUGUUUACGAUUGGGUUUAUAGAAACAGGUCAACCCCAAAUUACGACCAACCCUUGUUUAUCAAUUUAACCGGUAACCAUGAUAUUGGAUACAGUGGGGAUGCGACUUGGCAACAUAUGGCUAGAUUUCAUUUAUUGUUUGGGCAAAACAAUUAUGUUAUAAAUUACAAAAAGGGAUCUCCAGAUGAAUGGAGAAUUGUGGUUUUAGACUCGCUAACAUUAGAGGGACCUGCUUUGCAAGAGGAGUUUGUGAACUAUACCUGGUCAUUUUUAGAGAAUUUGCGUGAUCGGGAAAAUCCAAACUUUAAAGGGUCUACUAUCUUGUUGACGCAUGUUCCAAUGUAUAAGAAGGCCGGAUUGUGUAAAGAUGGCCCUGAGCAUCAAUACUACAUAAACAAUGAGAAAGAGCCGUAUAAGAAUGGUAAGUUGAGAUCACAUAAUCAUUUGGCUUAUGAAACAACCCAAAAUGUAAUGGAUAUUGUGUUUCCCAACAAAGACAAGAGCGGAAUUAUAUUGACAGGACAUGACCACGAAGGGUGUGACGAUUGGUAUAAUUAUAUCAAUAGCGAAUGGACGGCUUCAAAAGAGAAGUAUUCUGUUGAACGUGAAUCUGUAAGGGAAGUAGUUGUACGUGCCAUGAUGGGAGAGUUUGAUGGGCAAACGGGAAUUUUAACUGGUCAUUUUGAUGAUGCUCGUGAUACCUGGGAUUUUCAUUUCAGUUACUGCUCUUUUGUUAUUCAGCACUGGUGGUGGGCCAGUAAAGUUGCUCUACUUGUGGUUAUCUUGUUACAAUCCUUUGUGAAACUCUUUGGGGGAAUAUAA